AUGCUAGAAUCAAUUUUAUUUGCUAUUUUUAUUUGGUCAAUAAUAAUUUUAAAAAUUAUUUUCCGUUCCACCCCACAAGAAACCCAAACCAAUAGCCACACCCAAACCAAUAGCCACACCCAAACCAAUAGCCACACCCAAACCAAUAGCCACAUCCAAACCAAUAGCCACACCCACACCAAUAACCACACCCACUCCAACAACCACAAAAUUAAAGAAACCACAAAUUCUACCCCAAUCGAUCAAUCCCCACAAGAAAAAAACAAAUAUGAUAGUACCUCAACAUUCCAUUAUUCCGCAUAUAGAAGCUUAUAUUGUUGUUCCGAAUAUUAUAAUAAUCGAGAUAAUUCUGGUCGUUCCUCAGUAACUCAAGAAAUUUUAAGUCAUUCCCCAAAGCAAUUUCUUGAAAAAAUCCAUGCCCCAAAGGAACCAUCACAAACAGAAAAUCUAUUUCCAUAUUCACCAUUCGACCACACCAGAGAAAGAAUGGAAAAAGAUAAAAUAGAAAAUGAACAACAAAAAGAAAAGGAAGAUAUGGAACAAUUAAAUAGAGAAACCCAAGAACGUAUUGAAAAAUUAGAAAAAGAAAGAAAAGAAAGAGAAUAUAGAGAAUCUUUGGAAAAACAAAGAUUAAUAAAAGAAAGACUUGAAAAAGAAAUUGAAGAAGCAAAGGAAAAGAAAAGAAAAUUAAGAGAAAAAAAAGAAAGAGAAAAAAUAGAAAAAGAACAAAAAGAAAGAGAAAAAAAAGAAAGAGAACAAUUAGAACGUACCCAAACAAUUUUAAAAGAAACAUUAGAAAGAGCAAUGGAAAGGGUACGUUUAGAAAACUUAGAAAGAGAAAGAUUAGAAAGAGAAAGAUUAGAAAGAGAAGAAAGAGAAGAAAGAGAAAAAGAACAACAAUUAAGAGAACAACAAGAAAGAGAGGAAAGAGAAAAUCAAGAAAGGGAACAACAACAAAGAGAACAACAAGAAAGAGAAGAAGCAGAACGUAGAGAAAACCAAGAUCCUUGCACUAUUUGUAUGGGACACAAUUGA